AUGACUUCGUCAUAUGUUAUUAAAUUUAAAUCUGAUUAUGAAAAUAAACAACGAUUACAAGAAUAUCUAAAUAACGAAAGAUAUAAAUUUAGAGAAAUAUAUGGAGUUGGACCUUGGGAACUUGAAAAUCUUAACAAUCAAUUAGAACAUUCAAAAAAGGCAAAAAGACAACAUAUCGAAAAUAAAUUUAUUGGAUUCACUAAAGACAAAAAAACUGGUUUCCAUGGACUAUGUGUUUUGGGAUUUGGUUUACCUAAUGAAGAAUUGGAUGAAAGAAUUUAUUACGAAUUUUGGUCAAGAGUAUGGUUAAGUUCUGAAGAUGAAGAAAUUUUUAAUUUAAUUAAAUCAAAUAGAGAAGAACUUGCUAAUAAUGGUGAUAAGAAUUUAAAUAAUUUAAAUGGUUUAAUUAAAAUUUUAAAUAUUAAAAAUGAAGAAGAAGGUGAUAAUAAUAGUAAUGAUGAUAAUUAUGAAGAAGAAAGUAAUGAUGAUAGCGAGGAGGAAAGUAGUAGUGAAGAUAAUGAAGAAAGUAAUGAUGAUAGCGAGGAAAGUAGUAGUGAAGAUAAUGAAGAAAGUUAUAAUAAUAGUGAGGAGGAAAAUAGUAAUGAUGAAGACGAAA